AUGGAAUACACCAACCUCGGCAACUCUGGUCUGAAGAUCUCCCGCGUCAUCCUCGGCUGCAUGACCUUUGGGUCAGACAAGUGGCAGGACUGGGUGAUGAACGAAGACGAGUCCCUCCCUAUCUUUGAGCAUGCCUACAAGAUGGGCCUCAACACUUGGGACACUGCUGAUGCGUACAGCAACGGCAAGUCGGAAGAGAUUGUUGGCAAGGCGCUCAAGAAGUACAACAUCCCCCGCAACCGCGUCGUUCUUCUUACCAAGUGCUUCUUCGCUGUGAACGAGGACAGUGAAGAUGCCGUGCUGAUGGAGAAGAACGAUGGAGCGUACGUCAACCGCAUGGGUCUCUCGCGUAAACACAUCUUUGACGCCGUCGAGGCGAGUGUCAAGCGUCUCGGCACCUACAUUGACGUGCUCCAGAUCCACCGUCUGGACCGUGAGACCCCCAGCGAGGAGAUCAUGAAAGCACUGAACGACGUGAUCGAAAAGGGCUGGGUGCGCUACAUUGGUGCGAGCUCGAUGAGCGCCUGGGAGUUCCAGCGCCUGCAGAACGUGGCUGAAAAGCACGGCUGGCACAAGUUCAUCUCGAUGCAGAACUUCUACAAUCUUCUGUACCGGGAGGAGGAGCGUGAGAUGAUUCCCUACUGCAAGGCAAGUGGCGUCGGUGUUAUCCCCUGGUACGCUGUUGCCGCUGGUGUCCUCACUCGCCCUUGGGGCGACAACUCUACGGACCGUGCCCAGAAGGAUGGCAUGAUGAAGAUGAUUAUGAGCGCCAAUUCGAGCGCUUCGGAUCACGAAAUCGUGAACCGCGUCGAGGAACUCUCCAAGAAGAAGGGCGUCGACAUGGCACAAAUCUCGAUUGCGUGGCUGCUGAGCAAGGGCGUGAACCCUCUGCUGGGUCUCAGCAAGCCGGAGCGCAUUGACCAGGCUGUGGAGGCGCUGAAGGUGAAGCUUACCGAGGACGAGGUCAAAUACCUCGACGAACCCUACCAGGCGAAGCCCGUGGCCAACGUAAACGGUUAA